AUGUAGCCACUCAAAAAUCCAUUUGGUAUUAUAGAUCCAAAUGAAAAGCCAAAGCAAUACCAGAAUAAUCCCUUUGACAUAUGUAUCACAUUUGCUGAUAAUUUAAGAAAAUGAUGAAUUAAAUGAAACCAUUAAAUUAGGUGACAACGUGGCAAAUCAAGAAGAGAAACAUUUGCUGUUUGACUCAUAGAAAUCACAGCCUCAAGAAACCGUAGAAGACUUACCUUUAUUAGAAGGUACUCCAAUAGAUCCAGUAAUUAAUUAGACCUCGAUAUUACAUCGCCAUUGCUCAUUAAAUCUAGGAUUAUGAGUGUGCUCUUUUUCUAAAAAUGCGAUAGCGAAUAUUUGGAAGAUCCUGAUCUCUCAGGUCCCAUCCUUAUAGUUGUGUCAUUGGGCUUAUUGCCAUUAUUAGUAAAGACUUAUUUAAUUCAUCAGACAGGAAAAGUGCAUUUCAAUUAUAUUUACGGAAUUGGAUUGUGGGGUUGGAUGCUACUCUACUUAUUAAUGAACUUUAUGAUUCAACAACAAGGCAAGCAGAUAGAGUUCUACAAAAUAUUGAGUUAUUUAGGUUAUGGAUUGGCACCAAUAGUUGUCCUAUCUUUUCUCAGUGUAUUUUUGUAAUUAAAGUACUUAAACUUCAUUCAUUUUAUAUAGCUCUUCAUUCGGAUAUGCAUUAGCUAUAGUAUGUGCAUUCUGGUCUACUGCCAGUGUUUCAAAGACUUUUGAUACUGUAAACAUCAUAUAUUAGCUUCUAGAUUUUAGGAUUAUAACAUAGAAGAUUGUUGAUAGCCUAUCCCCUGUUUUUAUUCUAUUGCACAUUUGUAAUUAUAACAAUAUUUUGA